UGUGCAGUCACCCAACGGCGAGGCGCGUCAAACGGCGGAUUGGAGCAGCGUACGGCGUCACCACCGAAAUGUCAAUUCAACGUGGAUCGCUACACAAGGCCCAGUGUCUACGGCGUCGCCAAAAGGAAGCGCGGAUACAAUGGAUGCCUUCGUGACCAGAAAGAAACGGAAAUCGAGUCCUGAGAGGGCGGCGGCGGCACAGGAGGAAUCGACAGAUCUAAAGCUGGCCAUUUUAUCGUCUCUCCACCCCGAAGUCGACCAGGAUAUGCUCCUCGACAUUCUGCUAGCUCAUGAUGGCAAUGUCGACGUGACGUCUCAGGCCCUCAGGGCACCGAAUGUCCCAAAGAAAUCCGGGACAGGAACCACUGUGGCUGCCCAAUCCUCGCUGCGGACGUUUGCUGUUAGCUCAGGUGCUUCCGGAUCCUCUGCUCCAUCGAAACGGGCCAGGCUGCUCUCCCGAAAGGGCGCAACACUCCAUCUGUACGAUCCCGUCGACAUCAGCGAGCACACCCCCUGCACUAUCGUCCAUAACUUUUUACCCGCCGAUGAGGCAGACUCGCUCCUGCAAGAGCUGCUCGAGGAGGCCAAGUCAUUUGAGAAGAUAACCUUCAAGCUGUUUGAGAACGUGGUCUCGAGUCCCCACACCUCGGGCUUCUAUGUCGGCACCUACAAGGAGCUGCAGGAGCAAAAGCACGACUAUGUGUACAAUGGCGCAAGGAUGACAGACGUCAGAACCCUGACCCCGCAGCUGGAGCGGGUCAAGGCUCGGGUCCAGGAGGCCGUCAACAGGGAGAUACAAGCACGCGUUCGCACCCACUACGGCGGAAAGAAGCUGAAGUACCAAUCUCCCGGGCCAUGGACACCCAAUGCGGCUUUUGUAAACUGCUACAACGGGCCGCAGGAGAGUGUCGGUUGGCACAGCGACCAACUAACAUACCUUGGCCCCCGUCCGGUAAUCGGCUCCCUCUCGCUAGGCGUAACCCGCGAAUUCCGGGUCCGGCGCAUCGUCCCCCAGGACGAUGACACCUCCACCACAACAACCAACAGCAAUCAGGACCUAGCAGGCCAGAUCGCCAUCCACCUGCCACACAACUCCCUCCUCGUGAUGCACGCCGACAUGCAAGAGGAGUGGAAACACAGCGUGAGCCCUGCCCAUGCUAUCGAUCCGCACCCCGUGGCGGGCAAUCGGCGAAUCAACAUCACGUACCGCCACUAUCGCGAAGGGUUCCACCCGCGCAACACGCCGCGCUGCCCGUGCGGCGUGCCGGCCGUGCUGCGAGUCGUAAACAAGAAGAAGGAGAACUGGGGUCGGUAUUUUUGGAUGUGCCAUGCGGGGAACGUACCGGGCAAGGAAGGCUGCGACUUCUUUCGAUGGGCCGAGUUUGAUGAGGAUGGGAAUCCCUCGGGGCCAAGGCAGGAUGGUCUAAAGCAACAAGUGAUGGAGCAGCAAGGGGAGAGAGAGUAUUAGGCCACAUGGCGGCGGUCAUUGAAGUUGAUGAGCCCGGGUCCUCUACAUAUACCACGAAUAAUAAAAGGAGUCCAUGCAAGCAGGCGCAGGGGGUCCUUCCCAAGCCCACACUUCACAUCGGAAAAGCCGUCUGGGAUCGCUCCCUGAAGUUACUUUCCAGGCAUCAACGCCAACCACUAGGCAGACUGUGUUGUUAACUCGACGACGACAAUGGCUAUGUAUGACUGAGCCGUCCAACCGGGUAUCUUUACAGAUAAAGACA